AGGAAGUGACGUAUCAUCUGGACUUUAAACUCAGAACUUUUCGUCUAAAAUCGAUGGCUGAAGACAGCAGCGCGCGCGGAAGUGGAUUUGCUGACAGCUCCACCCACCUGGAUGUGAAGGAGUACUAUGGAAAGAGGCUGAAGAAAACCUCCGAUCUGCAGAGCAAUGCGUGCAUGACUCCGGCUCAGCCGACCCCCACCUUCAUCCGCGAGGCCUUGAAGAAAGUUCACCCUGAGGUCAUCGCGCGGUACUACGGCUGUGGCCUGCUGGUGCCGGAGAGCUUGGAGGGCUGCUCCAUCCUAGACCUGGGCAGCGGCAGUGGGAGGGACUGCUACAUGCUGAGUCAGCUGGUGGGCGAGAAGGGUCAUGUCACUGGCAUCGACAUGACUGAGGGUCAGCUCGAUGUGGCCAGAAAAUACUUGGAUUAUCACAUGACUGAGUUUGGCUUCCAGAAGCCGAAUGUCUCUUUUGUGCAGGGAUACAUUGAGGCUUUGACUGAGGCAGGCCUACAGAAGAACUCGUUUGACGUCAUCAUCUCCAACUGCGUGGUCAAUCUCUCCCCUGACAAGAGGCGCGUUCUGUCCGAAGCUUACGCUGUGCUCAAGGAUGGGGGAGAGCUUUACUUCAGCGACAUCUACUCCAGCAGCAGACUGCCAGAGCAAAUCAGAAACCAUAAAGUCUUGUGGGGUGAGUGCCUCGGCGGCGCGCUCUGGUGGAAGGAUCUUCUGCAGAUGGCUGAAGCGACAGGCUUCAGUCUCCCCCGGCUGGUGACAGCCACCGCCGUCACGGUGGACAACAAGGAGCUGCAGGACAUCCUGGGUGAUUUCAGAUUUGUCUCUGCCACGUACCGCCUGUUCAAGGUCCCCAAGGGUCAGUCCAAGGGCUGUGGGGUGAUGUACAACGGCGGGAUUCCAGGGGCAGAGACCGUCCUCCACUUUGACUGCUGCUACACCUUUAACGCCAACGAGGCAGUAGAGGUGGACCAGGAGCUGGCCAGCAUCCUGAAACACUCCAGGUUUGCAGAAGACUUCACUUUCCAGCCACCAGGGGGCUCCUGUGAGCCGCGCGGCAUCCCAGCUGAGGCGAACGCAGUGGAUCCUUUCGAGCUGGCCCUCAAGUCCGGCAAGCAGGGCCUCGCCUCGGCCACAGGGGGGGGUUGCUGCAGCACUCGAUCUGCUGACUGCUGCAAGUGAUGAUGGGAAGACCACAGGAAGUCCGAUGCCGCACCGCUCCGUCAGCAGAUGGGACCUUUUCACAAACGGAGACCUGCUUAUGACUUUCUGUUUCCCUCUUUUUGUGUUAUUCUGUAAGGAGAUACAGGAGAAAAACAUAUGUUUCAAAUUCCUCCAAACAAUUUAUUAAACAGAAACAUAAAGAAUGAGUUAAAACAAUCAGUUUAGAAAGGUAAAUCAUUAUAAUGUGUAUAUUUAGAAAUAGUCUUAAAGACGUACUCCAAUGAAAAUUGUGUUUUUAGCAUGUUGUUGUAGCAUUUUUCUCAUGAUGGAGGAAAUGCAUAAAAUAAUUUAAGA